AUGUCUCGCGUUAUCUACAGCCCUCAACUUGGCGACGACGGACUUACACAAUUGCAAAUGUUGGAGGCAGAUGCGGCAAUAUCAAAAACUCAACCGCAGGCAGUGGCGGGGCUGUUUCAACAUGGUAUCGGUAUCUGGCCAACACAACUACCUCGGUACGCAGAAGCAGUAUCGCUUGCAAACAAUGCACCUGAAGAUACUUCGGUCCCUAGGAAAGCCAUCCAUGAGCCCCAGUUGGUUGCCCCCUUUCCGCCAGUGACCGUUUUAAACCUUAUUAACAGGUCCGUGAUUUUUGGAGAUUGGCGAGAGUUGGUCCACCCGUUAGGCGGGACAUACUACUAUAAUAAUAACAAGAACGCAUAUACAUCAGCAAAUUUAAGGAAUUAUCAAUAUCUACAGAUGCUCGAUGAUUUUGUCGAUGCGUCACGAGCCUCGGCGAAAGAAGACAGCUGGGUGCUGGUUGUUCAGCCAGCUUUGUUCUUAGGAGAACAAAGAUUUCAAUAUUACUAUGUGGUCCCCAACUGUCGCACCAUUGCCUGGUUAGAAGACUUGAAUGGCAUCCUUCUCUUUCGAGAGUGUAUCAAGCCAAGUGAAUGGGGCCAUAAGAAACUCGAACUCGAAGCUCAAUAUUGGAAACACUUUGAGUUCUUCCCCCACCACUUCCAAAUGGUAACGUCCGAAGUAAGAGGCAUAUGGAGGGAAGUUAUUUGCUAUCUCAGUGAAGUGACAAUUCUGAGUCAAUCCACGGCUGCAUCAAUAUUCUGGACUUUGGACGACAUGAGUCUGAUUAUCACACAACUGGCCAAUAUUGAAGAGCUCGCAGAGCAUGACUUAAUACCAGAAACCGGCAUUGUAUUCUGUUGCAGAAUCUUAUAUAUGCUAUGGCACCACCAGUAUCUGAACCGACAUAAUCAACCUGAAGCUUGGCUUAUUCAAACGCACGCAGUGAGAGAGAGGCCUAGAAAGUACAAAUUUCUGUCUUGGAUGGCCAACGUUGCAGCGACAAUGCUAUGUAUGCCAAUCACUAUUGAACGCAUCAGGAGUACUUCUGUCGAUGGUAUCAUCAAUGGGGUGGAAGUUCAGAUGUUUGUCGAUGAUUUCAGCAGUCAGACCAAAAGCCAAAUCACCCUAGCAGGUGUCUCCAUGGCCUUGUAUAUUGCCAUCCUUGCCAUUCCGGGCUUAGGCACAACAGCCAUUGCGCAGAUGAUGUGCUCCUGCUCCUUCCUUUUGGGUGUCGGUUGCAUUUUCGCGGGUACAAUGAUUAUUUUCACACAUCUUAAAUUCGAGUCUGACAUUGCCAACUGA